UAUCAACGAAAGAAGCCACUGAUUAUGAUUACCAAGGGUUUUUUACUGCAGCAGUGCUGGCAUAUUGGAGUAAUAGGUAUUCCUUGCUACAGUUCUGGAUCUUCACAAUCACCAUUUUCGCUAUUGUCAACGUCAGUACACACGAACUACGAGCUGUAAUACCUAGUGUGGUAACUACUGACUCCAUCCUCGGUCUUUUCUAAAGUAACCGCACGACACAAACAAAAUGUCGCAAUCCGGCGUCGUCAAAUUCUUCAACAACGAAAAGGGCUUCGGUACUGGUGAUACUUGGAUUUGUGUAAAUGUUCUUUACGACUUCCUACUGGUCCCCUGCUACGGUAAUAUUUAGCAACACGAGUUUUUGGCGAAAGUGCUAGCAGAGAGAUAUUGUCUGUAGAGCGCUCAUGUUUGAGAAAUCUGAAAACCUAGCAAUAUCAUUUCAGGUUUUAUCACUCCGGAUGCCGGUGGCGAAGACGUUUUCGUGCACUUCAGUGCUAUCAAUUCCCAGGGAUACAAGUGCCUGAACGACGGUACUAGCGCUAUCCUUUUUCUUAGACUGAAGUGCUCGUUUGCUGUCUGGGUUGUCAUAAGACAAAUCUCAUUGCAUCUGCUGAUAUCUAAGAGCGUCGUUCGUGUGUAGUAUGGAGCUUCUUACCGUCACCUUUCUGAUGCCCAUAUCGAAAUCGAGUAUUGAUUUAGGAAUUGGACAAGGAUCCAUAAUUGUUCUCGCUACUUGCACCUAGCCUCUGAAGUUGCUAGAGAUUUGCAAUUAUCUCUUAAAACUUGCUUCAGGUGAGACCGUUCAGUUCGAUACUCAGUGGGACGAUGGGAAGCAGAAGACGUGCGCAGCCAAUGUCACUGGCCGUGGUGACGGCGAGCCCCGCAAGGGCGGCGGUGGCGGCAAGGGAUUCGGCGGUGGAAAGGGUAAGGGUGGCGGCUUCGGCGGAAGCUGGGGUGGAGGCAAGGGCUACUGGUAAGCCAACUGUUGGAACCUGAGUUGUGGUGUAACGGGAUCAGGCGAAUGCGGUGGAUCGGGAAGGCGCCUGGUUGGCGUGGUGUAGGUGUUUGUGAUCGUUGCCCGCGUAGAGGUGUUGAUUUUACGUCUAGCCCGUUGUACAUAUUUAUUAAUUUCCUGAACUCAUUCUGGAUUUUGUGUGUGAAAUGUCUAAUAAACAUGUGACGAGUACUAGCUUUGUGCAUGUGCUUCGCAUGUGUAAUCUUGAUCUCGGCUAUGCUCGGUCGAGCGAAGGAUGGCAUGCUAUGUAAAAAAACUUGAAUUCCACAAUUCUGUCACAAGAAACACUGUGCUUGUACCGCUUCACGCCAGUGGGUUGAUAGAACUUGUGCUAGUUCAAAAUAUCUUCUUACUUUUUAUAUCUUCAGCUCUUUGUUGGUUUACUACUACAGAUGAUUACUAUCCAAAUGAGUACUUCAAACUGGUACAAAGAAUCUUCCAUAGCAAUAAGCACACCCGGUGAGACGUUGGACGAACUAGAAUACUAGAAAUGACGGAUGAUCGUAAGCACGGACGUUGUACUAAAGACACAACUUCUCUCCCGGCGACGGCCCCGUGUGUGUCGUAUGUCGGUGGUAGAGGUGGGAUAUGUAGUAUGAUGAAUGAUGUUAAGAGCACUUCGUACAGUUCGAUUCACGCGAGAGGUCGAGCUCGCUGGAAAUAUCAGAGCACACGUGUAGAGGAGUAGAGAUGUCAGGCGAUGUUUCAGAUCAGACAGUAACUACCAAAGGUGAAAAUGAGAACAACUAGAACUACAGAGAUGAACUUGGAAAAUCACCUGUAAGAUAAGUCCGCGGUACACGCUUUCUGCGUUCGACAUGUUUGUGGUUGCUCAAGCAUUGGGAUGCUUCCCCGUUCUUCGCGCAGCUGCUUUCCCUAUGACAGACAGCGCGUUGCGCGCACCUGCAUAGUGUAGAGUUUUCUGGUAAGACUGGCACAAAAGACGAGGGGUAUAUUUAAACGAUAGAGUAGCACAACAAUAGAACCUUAGUGUAGAGAUCCCAACUCUGCUCUUUCCUAUUUUGGUUAGAAAGAAACAGUUUGGAGCGUGGACUGGAAUUUGUAAAAAUACAUGAACGACUAAGGCACCCUUUGGACUUCAUGUUUGGCACGAAAAAUGUAGGGUGUUUGUAUCGCCAUCGAAGGUAUUAGUUUCUGGUCAGGUAGUACUCUCAUCGUAGUUGUUUCGACGUUUCUGUCACAGUAUCACCAGCGACAGUAGCUUUCCGACAAUUCGGGUCUGUCCGCACUUGAAAGCUCAACGUGAUCCCAAGGUUAAGCAGCUCGAAGGAUCAUAAGACGCACGUGCAGACUGAAAUUGUACCACAGAGAGUUGAAAAAAAAACCCUAGAAGAAAGCCAGCAUGUAAAUGCUUUUUGAAAUAAUGAAACUCCACCCCACUCAAUGGGUUCGUGCGCUCCAGGGGCGCGGAGUUCUCAAAGCAGCAAUGCGAUUGUUCAUUCCGGACAUAGUGACAGAGAUCGCCUAACUCUAAC